AAACGGGACCUCUCCUGUGACAGCCGUCGACAACUAGAGAUGACAGUCCUGCACCGCGCGCCUGACUGCUUCCUCCUCUCGUCCGCGGGCGCGAGAGGUCCCGGUCUUUCCUGAAUCCCCGUCAGCGGUGCCAUCUGUACGACAAUGCGCGAGAUGGAAGCCGAGAGACCGUCUGAGAUCAAGCGCAGCAGGAAACCCGCACGCCCCGUCAAACGGGAACUCAACUCGGAGAUGAAGUCUUUUGCAGAGAGCACCAUGAACGAGCUGCUGGGCUGGUAUGGCUAUGAAGAAUUGGACUUGAGAGACGUCUCUGGAGCUGAGAGCAGAAAGCCCUGUGUCAAACGCCAUGUGUCCGUGCUGAGAGAAACUUCUGUGCAAAGUGGUCAGGUUGAGGGAACAUCCGUAGAGAAUGAGUCUCUUGGAGCCAGAGAGGGUGUCAGUGCUCGAUCCAACUCCUCCCCCACCACCUCCUCUUCCUCCUCCGACGAGAAGGAGGCGCGAGCCACACAUGUCAUCGUACCUCUCAUCAAGCCAUCUGCAGUGGAGGAGGUGCAGAACGUGUUGAUCGUGUGUGUGUGGUGUCAGAGGGAAGGUGUGCGUCGCUUCUCCCUCCUCAUGGGCCGCCAGCUCAAGAGCUUCUGCAGUGAGAAGUGCUUCUUCGCCUGCCGCAGGGCCCACUUCAAGCGCAACAAGGCUAAUGAUUCAAGUUGCCAUGGUGAUGAAUCUCCGGGUGGAAAGGAGGAAGAGGAGAGUGCCCCUGUCCCCAAAAUGAAAAGCAGUACUAGCACAAAAGUUUGUGAUUGGUGCAAACGCUUGCAGCCUACACAUGAAUAUGUUGCCACGGGAACCGGCGAUGAGCGUCUCCAUUUCUGCAGCUCGGAGUGUGUGAACCAGUACAAGAUGGACGUCUUCUAUCGGGAGGCCCGGGCCGCGCUGACCGCCAGGCAGUCCGCAGAGGAUCGCGCUGCAGAGGUCAAGGAGUCAAAGGUCAACGAAGGGUCACCCCCGUCACCCCUCCUCACGCCAGCCUCCUGGACGAGUGGCCUGAGGCCGACGCCCUCGCCAAACCCCCCUCCUGCGUCGUCUUCAUCAGCAUCGUACUCGUCAUCAGCCUCAGUAUCAGCAUCAGCAUCAGCAUCAGCAUCAGCAGCAUCAGCCUCUGAGCCAAUCAGCGCGUGCCAAAGAACGAGUCUGUGCCACCCCUCCGUCUCCUCUUCCUCUCAUCCUCCCUUCUCUCUGCCCAGUCAGGAGAGGUUCGCCAUCACCAGGGUGCCCGUGCCACCUCUGCCACCUCUCGUUCGCCCCCAGACCCCCCACACACUCCCGCGUCCCUCACACACACCCCCUCUGGCUUCGUCACACACACACUCCCCCUCGCGCACGCCUCUCGCCGUCGCUCACGCGCACACACAACCUGCUCCUAUCACGCCGGCACACCCGCGCCCGUCUCCGGUCGGCCCACCCGCCAUCUUGAUGCCCGCCUUCCCUGGCGCUCCCAUGAUGCACUGGCCCCCAGGAUGCCCGCCAAUGUUGCCCCCGCGCAUGCCACCCCACCCCCCCGCACCUCGCUUUGUCGUCCCCGUGCCCUCGCUCCCUCCGCCGUUCCCCCAAAACACCAUCCUGGUCCCCUAUCCCAUAAUAAUCCCUCUGCCCGUUCCCGUGCCGAUACCCAUACCGAUACUGCUGCCCGCGGGCGAGCGGCCGUCACACACAUCGCCGGCGGCCGACGCAUCUCCAGUCGACAGAGGAGACGCAGGGGUGUGUGUGAAAGCAGAAAGCCCGUCCUCGCCACACACACACGCCGCCGACAACACACACAGCCAGGUACAGGCAGCAGCGGAAGAAGAAGCCCACAGCGGCACACACUCCUCCAUGGAGGAGGAAGAUGGAGGGAGAGAGAAAGAAAAGGACCAGGGGGAGACGGAGGAGGAGAGAGAGACAGAAGCAGAGGAGGAGGAGGAGGAAGAGGAGGAGGACGACAAGAAGCCGACGAUGAACGGACAGAGAGAGGAAUGGAGGGAGAGGUGGAGAGAGAGGAGGGUCAUCCAGAGCGUGACUCCCACUCCGCUGCCCGUCGUCGCCACGGAGACGGAUGACGGGAGGAGGCCCGAGGAGGAAGUGACCGUCAGAGAACCUGCCUGGAGCUCGGGUCAACACACACUCUCUACACACACCGCCAGCAAUCCCACGGUGCUGAAGCGUCACACACUCUCGCCGCACACCCACGUCAUACACCUCACACACGCGGCACAGACUGCGGUCACACACGCCGCAUCCACACACACACACGCCUCAUCUGCUGUGCAGGAACACACUGAUCAGACAUGCCCCUCACACUCGCCCCACAUCAUACACACUAGCAGCUCACACACACACCUAAUAUCAGUGCCAAGGGUGGCUACCUGUGCUGACAGUCAAACCGUUGCCAUGCCAACAGAUUCCUCACACAAACUGUCCCCACCCCCUGAGUCAACCGAAAGCCAAUCAGAGGAGCUUAAAGAGAACUGCAUCUGGAAUGGGCGGAACCAUGAAGUGACUGACAGCCAGGCACACCAAUCAGACGGCUCGAGAGGAGCUGAGGAGGAGGGAGAAGAACAGACAGAUGUCCAACAGACUUCUACCAAACACACACACGUGGCGCUGAAGCGUGCUCACACACAGACACACACACACACACAAUCCCUGCAGGAGCGCUCAGAAGCUGAACCAGAGGAGAAGAGAGGCUGUCUACAGAUCAGAGAUCAGAAUGCGUAGAGCAGUCACAGACUUAUCAGUGCCAUUGACCGAAGACUCCAUUCAUGCUGUGGUCUGAGCCAAUCAACAAUAUGGGAGCCAAAACACACACAAAGGAACUCUGAAGGUUUUACUGGAGGAGGAACUGUUCACAUUAGAGCCAACAUCACAUGUCCAGUAACUGAUUGAUUGACAAGUGACACACGCACGCACACACGCACACACACACACACACACACACACACACACACACACACACACACACACACACACACACACACACACACACACACACACCUUCACCAGUUAUCAUAAGAGGAACUUAUCUUUUUCUGUAUGUUACACAAACAGACUGUUACACAAACAGACUGCCAUUUGUUUCCUCUGGCGAUCAUGUUUUUUUUGUUGAAUGUACAAAGAAACACACACACACACACACACACUUUAAUACAGUAUUAAUUACAGUGCCUACAGUUAUUAUGUUCAACACAGUUCAACUGUUGUUUCUGCUCAUGUCCAGUAGAUGGCAGCAUUGACAUAAUACAUACAGUAAUGCCAUCAAUGUUCAAUCACCACACUUCACAUCAAGCAUCAGCUUAUGUAACUUGAGUUUUAUGAAAACAAAUAAACCUCUUGGUGAAAAGUU